AUGACUUCCGAAGAACCUUUGUGGACCCACAUUAAAGAACUUCGAUUAAAAGUGUCUUCUCAUUGUAGCUACGAACUGGUACGCCCGCCCGACGGCUACUGGGGCGCCGAGGGACCCGAUGGCGUGUGGUCUGGGAUGAUGGGAAUGGUGCACAGAGAGAGUACCUUUUUCUCCUGCGAGGAAGUGGAUUUCGCUCUGGGGCCCUUCACGGUAACACCUCAACGGCAGUCAGUGAGCGACUUCACCGUGUCUGUCCACAACGACAACCAAGCUAUCAUGCUGAUCAGGCCAGGAAUUCAAAAUGAUCUCUCUGGCUUCCUUAAGCCCUUUUCCCUUGAGGUGUGGCUCCUGACACUGACUGCCGUGAUAUGCAUCUGCAUUACUAUGGCGCUGGUUGUCUGGGCAGAAGGGAGGAUUUUCAACUUCGUUAACAAGAAUUUACCAUCGAGAGUCUCUGCAUGGGUCCUUCAAACGUUAACACAAGAGAGCUCGCACUGGCUGCCCGAGAAGGACGGCGGUCGACUCGUCACUAUUACGUGGCUUCUGGCUUCUCUUGUGUUUAUGUCCUCCUAUAGUGGUAUCCUAACCGCUAUGUUGACCUUGCCUCGAGUUACUAUACCAAUAGACUCUCUGAGUGACCUUGUAGCUCAAGUUCAACUACCGUGGCGUCUUGAGGCCGGGUCAAUGACACCGAAGUUUUUAUUGGAUUCCGGGGACCCUGUUCGAGAAAGGGUUGUGACCCAUUCAUCAGGAACGUUUCCAGACUGCUGGACGGCACGACAGGAUAUUGCCAGUGGGAAGUACGCUGCCAUCUGCGACGAAACUACCAUGAAAAAGGCUAUGUCAUGGGAUUUCAGAUAUAAAUCUUUAGUGUGUUCCUAUAUGGCCAUUUAG